AUGCAAUCCAUAGAAUAUAGUGAAUCAAUAUCUUCAAUUCCAAGUAUUGUUAGUUAUACACAAACCAUUUAUUCCUGCGCGAAAGAAUUUGACGAUGAUUAUAUAGAUACACAAGCUGAAGGAUCAGAAGAAGAAUUUGAAAACACAAUAAACAUUUCCUUGUAUUCUACAAGAAAAUCUGCAACACAUUUAGAAAACACUCAGCAGCCAUCGUGCCAUUGUGAAUUAUUUUAA